GUGGGAUCGAGUGAGUGCCAAGACGAGAGACUGCUGCAUCGUGGAACAUGAAGCGUUGGAGAAAUCGAUUUCUAACAAUUUCUGCAGCAUUGUAUGUUGUUAUGUUUGCCUUGAAUCAGCACAUAAUACCUCAAAACACCACUUUAAGACACAGACAGCCGAUGCCACUACGACAGAACAAGAAAACGUACACUUUUGAAACGUUUUCAGCUAAAUUUUCUAGUGAAAGGUUUCAUAUGACGUCAAUAUUUCGAGCACAUUCUGGACCUAAACGUAUUGUUUAUGAUAUAGAUUGUCAGCGAAUAAUCCAAGGAGACGAACAUUACAUAUCAGCUGCUAAUACAACGAUGUCCAACCGUACGUAUCUAUUUCCUACUGACAGGGAAAUGGGGAAUCUUGCUCAAAACUGUGGAGCAUUCUUAAAAACGUUUGAUUAUGAAUCUUUCUUCGUAUCACAAGAAGAAUUUGAUUUUCCGAUCGCUUAUACGAUAUUAACUUAUAAAGACGUUGUUCAAACAGAGAAACUGCUUCGUGCUAUUUAUCGCCCACACAAUUUAUACUGCAUCCAUGUAGACAAAACUUCAGACAAUGCAUGGGUACGUUACGCUAUGUUAUCCAUCGCUAACUGUCUACCUAAUGUCUUCCUUGCUUCAAAAUCAGAGGAUGUUAUUUAUGCGGGAUUUUCUCGUCUUAAGGCAGACUUGAACUGUAUGUCUGAUUUACUAAAUAAUGUCGACAUUAAUUGGCGAUAUGUAAUCAAUCUACCGUCUCAGGAAUUCCCUUUAAAAACUAACUUAGAAAUCGUCAGAAUUCUCAAAACAUUUAAUGCGACUAGUGACGUAGACAGUGACUACGAUAAAAAUACAAUGUAUCGCUACAAUGAAACGUAUACUGCCAAAGAUGGCAAAUUGAAGUCGACGGGAAAAAAGAAGGAUCCGCCACCUUAUAAUAUCACUGUAGGAAAGGGGAGUGCUUACGGUGUGUUCAGUAGGGACUUUGUGAAUUAUUCCAUAAACGACGCCAAAGCUCAGGGUAUUUUGAAAUGGUUAGAAGAUACAUACAGUCCGGAUGAGUCCUUCUGGGCCACUCUACAAUUUAACAAACAUCUUAAUGUGCCGGGUGUUAACUGCGCUGGCGUUCCAACCAGAAAAUGGUGGAUAGCCGUCUACACGCUAUGGCAGAUGGUUCAUAAAGAUUGCCACGGGAAGUAUGUUCGGGACAUUUGCGUUUUUGGCCUUGGUGAUUUGAAUAGAUUGGUGUCGAAGAGAGAACUUUUCGCCAACAAGUUUCAUCAUGACUACCAGCCUCUUGCUUUGCAAUGCAUGGAAGAAUGGAUGUUUAAUACAACAUUCACGGAAGUGCCUUCUGAAGCUUAUUAUUACAGGAUAUUAGUUCAUUAAGUAAUGAAUGUAUAGGUGGUUUUUUUAUUAUUUCAAAUUACGAUCCAGCUCGUGUUGAAAUUCCGAGAGCAAAAAUAUGAAUUAGUGGUACUCUUGUUAAAUUUUACAAAAUAGAAAUAUCAACGCAUUAAGUAAAGUGAGUCAAAACACCUGGGGUUUGCUAUGUUAAAGUGUAUUGAUGAAAUGUAGGUCUUAGUGAUAAACCCACAUACAUUAACAACACCAAACUGUAGUUCUACAAGUACAUGUACCAGCGCAUCGUAUAUGGAUGAAGCUAUAUGAGAGGCGAAGAUAACGAACAGUGAUCAAUCUCAUAACUCCUAUAAGCAAUACAAAAUAGAUAGUCGGGCAAAUACGGACCCCUGGACACACCAGAGGUGGGAUCAAGUGCCUAGAAGGAGUAAGCAUCCCCUGUCGACCGGUCACACCCACCGUGAGCACUAUAUCCUGAUCCGGUAUACGAAGUUAUCCGUAGUCAAAAUGAGAAAUCUCCAUAACACGCAUUACAUCUUCCGAAUCCAGGUGGUGACAUAGACAGCAUGUACCGUAGAACAGGUACCCUACAUGUGUGCAUCGUAUUGUCGACUAAUAAACGUCCUACCUAUACUGCUCGGGGUUUAUAUGUUUGUUUUGCUGUUUUCCGCCAUACUCAACAGUUUUUCAGUUAUCUGGUGGCGCCCAGUUUUUAUUGGUGGAAGAGAGAACCCAGAUACAAUGUACCUGGGAAGAGACUACCGUACUUCUGAAAGUAAACUGAGAAAUUUUCUCACGUACCAGCGCGAGCGGGAUUCGACCCUGCGCCGACCAGAGGUGACGGGACGUGUGAUUUUGAGUGCGAUGCUCUAAUCACUCAGCCACGGACGUUUAUAUGAAAUAGAUUUUGUGUCAUACGCAAACUGCAUUGUUGUCAUAUAUUAAGUAUUUAGAGUGCGUGAGUGUCGAAUUUUAGCGAGUGUGUAAUAUGUAAUUGUUGUAUACGUGAAAAGGUGAAGAUAACGAACAUUGAUUAAUCUCAAUUCCUACAAAGAACACAAAAUUAAGAGUUGGGCAAACACAGACUCUUGGGCAUACAUGUAUCAGGUAAACGGAGUAUUCCUUAGUCAAAAUUAUUGUGUCAGGAACGGCCUAGCAAUUGGUAUGAAACUCGUCAAACAGCAUUUGACCCGGUGACAGGUUGCAUUGGCAAACUAAAUCAUUAUAUAACGAGCAUAGAAUUUAAACAAGACUAUUUUUAUUGAAACCCCUGUAACAUCAAUUUGUUGUGUAAAAGCAAGUCUUUUUCUUUUAUGUGAAUAAACUUGUUUCUCGUU